ACAAAGCAAAUAAUUUUAUUUGUUUUAAUAUGUCAUUCAUUUGUCCUGCAAAAACAACAUACUGACUGGUUUAAAAUCCAGGGGUUAUGUAGUUCGUGUACACAGUUUGUUUAAACACUGUGAUGACCUUCAACUUCAACCACAAUGACUCCACAAUGAAAAGAAAAGACUUCUGUCAAUGUUUUGAAAGAUUCUUUUAGCAUUUAUAUGUUUUUGGUCUUUGCCUUUUCUAUCUGUCAAGUGAGAAGACUUAAUAAAAAGACAAGUAGCAAGAAAUGUGGUCUACAUCAGCCUGUAGUUGUUCUGAUAGGCCACAUCAGCCUGUAGGCUUAACAACAGGCUCUCACUUGUGUAACCUGCCUGCUGCAGCGUCAAGCCACACACUCUGUCUAAACUUUGGACUUUCUACUUCAAUGCCAGGGUCCUCCUAGUGGCUAUGACAACUAGAGCUGGGCGGCAGUCAGUUACUCUGCCAUCUGCUCUGAGGGAGGCUGGACGGACGAACAGUGAAGCUUGUGCGUAAACGUGAGAUCAGUGGGGCUGCACUCGAAUCUCUUUCAGAGAUGUAUCAACUGACCCUGGUGACACUUGCAGUAUUGCUCUGCUCUACAACCUAUGCAAAUGGAGGCAAAGUUCUGGUAUACCCUGUGGAUGGAAGCCACUGGGUUAACAUGAAUGUCAUCAUUGAGGAACUUCACUCCAGGGGCCACGAAAUCACAGUGUUGCGGCCAUAUGAUGCCUGGUACAUCAAGGAAGACUCACCACACUACAAAUGCAUUACCAUGACUUCCUCUGCUGGUUUUGAUAAGGAUCGCUUUGGCUCAUUUGUAAUGAGAAUGGUGAACAUUCGGCGCCAGGGUGCUGCAUUUUGGACUCGACUAUCGUUGGAGUAUGAACUCGUGGACCAGUUCUAUCAGAUGAAUAAGCAAGUACUUAAGAUGAUACAAGAGGUGUUUGAGGAUAAGAAACUCAUAAAGGCCCUCCACGAUGCCAAAUAUGAUUUGUUUCUUACGGACCCUGCGGUUGGAGCAGGGGUUCUUCUGGGUCAUCGUCUGGGUCUUCCUCUCGUCUUUAAUGUUCGAUGGACCAUUCAGGGUGAGGGGCAUCAAGCAAUUGCACCUUCCCCACUUUCUUAUGUUCCCAUACCAGGGUCAGAGCUGACCGACAAGAUGACUUUUACCCAGAGGAUCAAGAACAUGAUGUACUAUUUCUUCACAUGCUUUCAAAUUUGGUAUGUCACAGAUUCAACCUACACGCCAUUUGUCAAACAUUACUUCGGUAGUGAUGUACAUUACAUGGAGUUGUUUCAGGCGGCGGAUAUCUGGCUGAUGAGAAACGAUUUCACCUUUGAGUUCCCACGACCUACAAUGCCAAACGUUGUCUACAUGUCAGGAUUUCAGUGCAAACCUGCCAAGCCUCUGCCUAAAGAACUAGAGGAUUUUGUGCAGAGCUCUGGUGAACACGGUGUCAUUGUGAUGACGUUGGGAACCUUAGUGGAAAAGCUUCCUGGCGACUUUGCUGAGGACAUUGCCGCUGCUUUUGCCCAACUUCCUCAGAAGGUUAUCUGGAGGCACACAGGCAAAAGGCCAUCCACACUUGGCAACAAUACCUUAAUCUUGGACUGGCUACCCCAAAACGACCUUCUGGGUCACCCCAAGACCAGAGUGUUUGUGGCUCACGGAGGCACCAAUGGAAUCCAGGAGGCCAUCUAUCACGGUGUCCCCCUCGUCGGCCUGCCCCUCAUGUUUGAUCAACCAGACAACUUCUUCAGGAUGAAAGCCAGGGGUGUGGCCAAAGUCCUUGACAUUGCAACUGUGAACAAAGACAACUUCCUAGAGGCACUGAAAGAGGUGCUUUAUGAACCAUCCUACAACAAGAACAUGAAGACACUGUCCAGUCUGCACAGAGAUCAGCCCAUGAAACCACUGGACAAAGCCAUGUUCUGGAUCGAGUUUGUCAUGAGGCACAAAGGAGCCCCGCACUUAAGGACUGAGUCUUACAAGAUGUCCAGGAUACAGUACUACUCAAUAGAUGUGAUUGCUUUUCUGCUUGCAGUUAUUUUGCUCAUAUUUACUAUAUUUAUUUUUGCAGUAAGGCUUCUGUGGCGGACGGUAUUUUGCAGAAAAAAGGUAAAAAAGGAAUGAUGUAUAUGGUGCAAGAUGGUCACCAUGUCCUCCAUUUUAAAGUAAUAAACAAGAUUCAGUGUGUAUAGCUGAAUCUUCAGUCUUCAGAUUUUUGAAUAACUUUGGCAGAAUUGGUCAUGUUUCUGUUAAUUUGUUUGAUUAUUUCAAGGCCCUUUCACAUCGGACUAAAAACCUGGGUUCACGUGGGUUUUCUACCCAGGUCGAAUGACCUGGCAAAAGUUUCGGUCCACUCCCAUAAAAGACUGAUCUCUGAAGGGCAGAGAAUUUUUUUUUUUUUUUUUUUUUGCAAAAUAUUUUUAAAAUAAGAAUGACAAUGAAACUUUAGUACAGAUUUACCAGAUCCUUUUCUCAUCUUUAAGGAACAGGCAGAUAACUACAUAAAGGAAACACUAACAACAACAGCGACAAAAAUAAAAUGAAUGAAACAAAACAAAAUUGCUAAAUUAAUCCCAGCAUUCUCACGUCCCACUCUGGCUGAGGCAGAAAUCACAAACAUGAAUAUUUACCAAACCAGCAACUAAUCUGGCAAUAAAGGAUUGCCACUUGGAAAAGAACUUAUGGGUACACCUUCUCAUUGUGUAUUUAAUUUUAUCACUGAGACACAGAGGGGGAGUUAAAAGACUUCCACUGGAGGAGGAGGCGACGUUUGCAUCAAAGAGGUGAAAUUAAUACUUUCUCGUUGAACUGAAUUGAAUAGCCUUGGGUCAACACGAGUUCCAAAGAUGGCAAUAAAAGGGCAGGGUUGUAUGUCAAUUCCCAUUAUGGUGGAUAUUACAUUGAAAUAACUGGAUCAAUAAUUGUGUAGGUGAGGGCAAAAGAAAAACAUGUGGCUCAGAUGACACUUUGAAUUUGAACAACAGUCACAUUUCUCCUGUACCUCAAGAAAAACAUGAGACAACCUCAGUUUCAAAAAAUUGUAUGUGUAUCACUUUAAAGCAAAUAAAUGCCAAAUGUGCACAAAA